GUUAAGCUGCUCCUCUGGAAGUUAUCAUUCCACCACAGGAUAAUCUGAAGCCGCAUACCGUAUGCCGGACGUCCAGGGACCAGCCCAUCUCCUGCCUUUCCAACGGCACAUUCUUGAGGACGUUCAUGACCCAUCUUCAUCGGAUUUACUUCUCAUCGCUCGAGGACUUGGCCUACAGAAAUUGGUUUGUACUCUCCUCCAAAUCUAUGAUGGGCCUCGAAAUCUAGUUCUCCUUGUAAAUGCGACAGAGGAAGAAGAUGCGAUUGGCGAAGAAUUGGGGAUCAUGGGUUGCAGGAAGCCCGGGCUAAGAGUCGUAGGGUUUGAAAUGGGAAGGAAGGAGAGACAAGCGCUCUACAAGCAAGGAGGACUCAUUUCAGUCACUUCGCGUAUCUUGAUUGUCGACAUGUUGCAAUCUGACAUUCCGAUUGAUCUUAUUACCGGUCUAGUUGUCCUGCAUGCAGAAAAAGUGACCGCCCUUUCCCUUGAAGCGUUCAUCAUCCGUCUCUUUCGAGAGAAGAAUCAGGAUGGUUUCAUAAAAGCUUUCUCCGACAACCCAGAACAGUUCACAAGUGGACUGUAUCCAUUGAAGGCUAUCAUGAAGGAGCUUCAACUACGUAAAGUGCACAUCUAUCCCCGCUUUCACGAAGAAGUGAAGAAGUCCCUUGAACGGCGGAAGGCAGAUGUCGUUGAAUUGCAUCAAGAGCUUUCUGAGUCUAUGAAGGAUAUACACCAAGCUAUCGUACAAUGUAUGACGGCGACGCUAGCAGAACUUAAGCGCUCGAAUACAAAUCUUGACCUAGACGAUUUGAAUGUGGAAAAUUCAUAUUUCCGCUCAUUUGACGCAGUCGUUCGACGACAAUUGGAUCCUGUGUGGCACAAAGUCGGCCCUAAGACAAAACAACUCGUCAGCGAUCUUGCGACGUUACGAAACCUUCUCAACUAUCUCCUCACUUACGAUCCACUCGCAUUUCACGCUUAUUUAGAGACAAUCAUUGCGUCGAACUCGACGAGUGCGUCGGGAGCGUCGCGUCAACAUCAGUCCCCAUGGUUAUUUACGGACGCCGCAAAUAUUAUAUUCCAAACAGCGAAGCGGCGCUGUUACAUCUCCUCGAAAAUAAAGCCGAAGCCAGUUGAACAGGAUACCCAGUUUGAUGUCGAUCUUAUAGACGAUGAAGAAGCGUGGGCGGCGCUGGACGAAGUUGAGGCGAAUCCUCCAUCUGCACAGGACAAGCUAAGGACAAGUCAAGGCCGGAAAAAAUCUCAGUCGAAAAAGAGGAAGAAAUGGCUCCCGGAAGGAAUGGAACCAAUACUUGAAGAACUCCCGAAGUGGAGUUUGCUCGCGGAAGUUCUUCAAGAAGUGGAAGAGUUGAUGAUCCAGCUUCAGAGCUCUACAUCUUUCCUUACACCCGGGACAAACACCGUGCUUAUCAUGUGCUCCAGCCCUCGAACCUGUGAACUGCUGAGUGAAUAUCUUACCAACAUCGACCGAAAUAGGAAUAAGGCAGAAUGGGGACGUCGUAUGAUGGAAAGGCGUCUACGUCUAUACUUGUGGUGGAAGUCAAAGUUGAAUGAAAGUCGUAAAGACAGCUCUGGUUCAUCUCAACCGUCAGGUUCGCGUGGUGCAGAUACACCGUCUUCGAAUGGAGCGAAUAAACCAUCCAUCAACAGUGAUCCGAACAAUGGUAUCAGUGAGGCACUGAAGAAAAAGGAUGCCAUCCGCAAGGAAAGAAGCUUGAAUAGACGAAGGGUCCGAGGCGGUGCGCCAUCCAGCUCAGUCGGGGGAAAGACACAAGGAUCGGAGCAAGGGAACGGUAGCGCUGUUUCCUCUACCGCACAGGAGAGCACACUUUCGACGCGGGAGCGCGGAAAACUGGGAAUUCUUGCAGGUGAAGGAGAAAUGCGUGUCGAAGCUGACAGUAUUGCCAACUUCCUCGCCACGCAAAAGGAUGUACUCGAGAUCCUUGAUGACGAGGAGGAUGAAAUAAACGAGAGCCAGUCUGGUCCAGCUGAUGGCACGUCGCAGGCACGCUCGAUUAAUGUAGACGAAGAACUUGCGCUUGCUCUCAGCGCAGACUUCAUCUCUGAUCCCAACUAUGGCCUUUUAGCCCCAGAACAAACACUUAUAUUCCGAUCGUACUCGGAUGACUCGGACGAUAAGGUUCUCGAAGAGAUCAAACCUCGAUUCAUCGUGAUGUACGAACCCAACCCAGAAUUCAUUCGACGUAUUGAGUGCUAUAGGAGCUCAAACCCUGGCUUAGCCGUGCGAGUCUAUUUGAUGCUGUAUCGGAAUAGCUGCGAAGAACAUAAAUUCCUCGUGGGCAUUCGGCGGGAAAAGGAAGCUUUCAUGCGGUUGAUCAAAGAAAGGAGUACCAUGGUCAUUGCUCUCACUGAAGACAGACGUUCCUCUUCGGCUGGCGAGAGCAUUAUUAAAACGAUUAGCACGCGCAUUGCUGGUGGCAAGCAAAUAAGCUCAGAGCCAUCACAAGUAAUUGUAGAUAUGCGCGAGUUUCGCUCGACGUUACCUUCACUUCUGCAUGCAGCGAAGUUGCUUGUCAUACCUGCGACGCUUACCGUUGGAGAUUACAUCCUAGCUCCGGAUAUAUGCGUGGAGCGGAAGAGUAUACCAGACCUGGUGCAAAGCUUUACGUCAGGUCGUCUUUAUACCCAGUGCGAGCUCAUGUCGGUCCAUUACAAACAGCCAAUACUAUUGAUCGAGUUUGAAGAACACAAGUCGUUUUCUCUCGAGAGCGUAGACGAGAUAAAAUCCCACGUCAAGAAUACGGGCAAAUAUGCGGCCAAGAAGAAACCUAAUGAUCCAUCUCAGGAGACCCUCUCAAUUACAUCUGUCCAAGCUAAACUCGUCCUUCUUACUUUGAGUUUCCCGCGACUGCGAAUCGUGUGGUCUUCUUCACCGUAUGCCACCGCGGACAUUUUCAAGGACCUCAAGGCACAUCACCCAGAACCAGACCCUGCAAGGGCAAUAGCAAUUGGUGCAGAAGAGGAUCCAGAGGCGGGCGCUGGGAUAAAUCAGGCUGCCGAAGAACUCCUACGCGCACUUCCUGGUAUCACGGCAAAGAAUGUGAAAUAUGUUAUGAAUAAGGUAGGAAGUGUUCGCGAAUUCUGUGAACUGAGCUUGCCAGCCGUGCAGGAAAUAUUGGGGAAUGAGCCUGGAAAAGCCUGCUGGGAUUUUAUGCAUAAAGGAGAAACCGCUGGUGCCACAGCACACGGAUCUCUAUCCCAACCUACUUCAGAGCACGCUCUCAGUGCAUCAUAUUUUCGUGCAUAA